UUUAUCCUCCGUCGCGUUACGGUAUCAGACAGUGAAACAAGUGAGUGAUCACCGAUGAUGUACUAAAGUCGAAUAACUGAGUUUCCCUGUCAGUUCAGAAAAUCUAAGUGCGGCGAGGCCCACCAUGAGGCCCCCAAUCUUCGUAAUCAUCUGUCUAAUUCAGGCCCCGAUGAUUUUUUCUCAUCACGAUGAAAGGAUCAUCUUCCCCCUGACCUACAUCGACCACUCGGUGGAACUUCACAGUCUCACAAAGGAACUCCCUCUGCAGACCGGCAAAUGCCAGGAUUACAGGAAUCGUGACCUUGAACUGAAGCUACCGGGUGUUUCCCCCCGUAAUUUGUACCCCGGCUUCAUCAACAGCUACCGAAUAUCCUGUUUAUCCCUCACCGACAGCUCCAUAGAACGCAUUCAAUCCGGAUCUUUUGCGUACGUAUCGAACCUCCUCUACCUCGAUCUCUCACGUAAUCGUAUCCAACUCUGUGACCUCUUGAACUUUGGAAAUCUCGAGAGACUGAGGACCCUCGUGAUCGAUGAGAAUGACUCUCAAGGCCAAGAGACAAACCUAAUCCUCUCGGGUUCGAGUUAUUUCUCCCGGCUGGAGCACCUCUACCUCCGUAAAAACUUCUUACGUGACAUAAGUGUCAACCUGAGACAGCACUUUCCAUCAAUGACCCACCUCUACCUCUCCGACAAUCGACUCGAGGGCGGGGUAUUCGCUUACCUCCAACUACCCCACACCCUCACCCAUCUCCACUUGGAGCGCAAUUGGAUAAGGGAGAUGGAUACACAUGAGCUGAUAAAUCUGUCCUCGCUCUUCUUGGACGGCAAUCGCAUUGGGUCGAUCUGCUCCUGGCGAUGUCACACCAGGAAUCACCUUGUCCUGAGAGGAAUGGCCGGAUUGAAGUUCCUAUCGCUGUUGAGAAAUGAGAUAAGCUACGUCGACAGCGGCACCUUCGACGAAACCCGGAGCCUUCAGAGUCUCAACUUAGCGCACAAUUCGAUCAGUCAUUUACCUCCGGGGAUUUUUGAUGUCCUCCAACGGCUGGAGGACUUGUCCUUGAGCUACAAUCGCCUCAGUCAGGUGCCAGACAUCAGCAGAUUGUCGAUGAUAGGAAGUCUGUCUCUAGAUCACAACAAUAUUGAUAGAAUUUCCUCUCACGCAUUUGCUCAUCUCCAUUGUCUCAAGUGGCUGUCCCUCGGGGGCAACAGGAUCAGCUCCGUUGAGACAAAUGCUUUUGUUGAUCUACCACUCCUGGAGGAACUCGAUCUCUCCGAUAAUCAGCUGUCUUAUCUCCCCUGGGAAUGGAUCACCAGCAGUUGCCUUCAACAUUUGGAUGUUCGGAAUAAUCAUUUUGCCAGUUUUGAGAGCUUAUCACUUCGUAAUCUGUGGUCCUUGACUCAUCUGUAUGUACAGGGCACACCCUUGAGUAAUAUUAUCACUACAACACAUUGGCAGAUUGGGUAUAAUACAACGGUGCAUGUUAAGUACAGUUCGUCCGUCAACCGGGUACCUUGUUAUGUUUCGUGUGAUGGUGGUUAUACCAUACCCAGGAUAACUUUUAGGGAUGAGUGGACUUGGUACGAACGAGUAAUUUUGAUGAUGAAGUCUGUUGAUUUCCUUCAUCAGAGACAGGGUUCAAUGUUCCUGCUGAUAGCAGUCAACAAACUUCUGAAUGCCGGUCACCGAACUCACCAAAGCUCAUUCCAAUUCCUCUAUCCUCAGUUCACUCAGCUACAUCGCAGGACAAACAUCGGCUACAAACCCACCAUGAUUAUCGUCAAACUUCUGAUCCACGUGGGUCUGUCCUUCACCUUGAUGUCAUCCCUAUCAGCGAGUAAUUCCAGCUGCGAAGAUGGCCACCUGCACAUCAAUCUCGCAGGGACUGGUCUCCAACGGCUGAAGGACAGAUUCCUGUCGAGUUCGCUGAUAAAUUCCCUCCACCUCGAGGACAAUCAGAUCUGGAGCAUCGCGGAAGGGGCCUUCGCCGACCUCCCCAACCUCCAGUAUCUGAAUCUCGCCAGAAACCUCCUGCCCUAUACGAAGCUAACACAGACAUUUCCGAAGCUGAAGACGUUGAUCCUAGACGCCGCCAUCACUGGACUCUCCCAGAAAGACGUGCAGCAAUCCUUCACCAAUGACUAUUCUCCCUGCCCCUUGGAGCUUCCUCUGAGUGAUGCCGGACUUCACCUGGAGCUCUCUGCGAAUCUGCCCGAGCUGGAGCAGUUGCACCUGCGAAACAACGGCAUCAUCUCCAUCGCAGGUCUACAAAACUCCCCAAAUCUCACGCAUCUGUACCUCGGAACCAACAGGAUCUCCAGAGAACUGAUCGAAGCCUUCAAACACCCAACGCUGAAGCACCUCCACCUGGAGAACAACUCCAUUGAGUCCUUCAAUUCUCCUGUGAUGCAUCAGCUGAAGGUAUUGGUGCUGGAUCACAAUAAUAUUUAUCGCUUGUGCUCCGGUGAUUGCAGUCCAAAGCAUGUGGCGUCCAAGUACGAACCCAUGGUGAAUUUAUCUGGAGCAGGACGACUCCAGAGCCUCUCAGUAGCUAACAAUGUUCUGAUGGACAUCGAUGAGGAUGCCUUCGUCUCCCUCAAGAGCCUCCACUUCCUGAAUCUUUCUGGUAAUUUUCUCGAGACAAUCGGUUCAGGACUUUUCACAAACCUCACGAAAUUGAAAUCACUAGCCCUCAGUGAUAAUGGACUGACGGAAAUCCCGGAUGUCAAUGACUUGAAGAAGUUGGAAGUACUUCUGCUGAAUGGAAAUCACGUGAAGGUCAUUUCCAAAACGUCAUUCACAAAUUUACCGAAACUGAAGACUCUCAGUUUCGCUAACAAUGACCUGAGUCAAAUCGAUGCCGGUUCAUUCGACGCCCUGACGUCACUCAACGAACUGGAUUUGUCCGGUAAUAAGCUUCUUACAUUGCCGGAAAAUUGGAUAUCGGGGAUUUUACCGCAGCGGUUGCAUUUGAAUAACAAUUUAUUCACGGAAAUUGAGAAUAUGUCGCUGAAUAAUGAGAGCUGUACCGAGUAUCUGAGUAUUGCGGGCAAUCCGAUGGUGAAAUUAGCGACUAAGGAACUGUUGAAGCUGUCGAGGACCCUUGUGAUUAAUAUCGAUAUAGGGAGAGAGACAAGCAGCGAUAGGAGGAAGGAUUGACAGAUCGAGAAGUUCAUUAGCGACGAGGGGAAAUUCAAGUCCUUCAGGAGUAGGACAACAAGGAGAUAAUCUACUAAUACCCGUGAAAUCAUCAAUCAUCAUUGUUUUUUGCAUUAUAUCAGUGUUAUAUUCGGCCAUUAUAGUUUACGAGAAAAUAUGAUUUAUUGUACGCGAUCAUGUGAAUUACUCGUACGAAGGGAAAUAAAAGUUUCGGGGUGAAUUGGAGAACAGUGGGACACUAUUGGCUCGAGAUUUAUUUUAUAUUUCUAUAAUUUCAAUUUGCAUUGACUUUUCGUAUCGAUCCAGAGACCACUACUUCCUAUGACUGACGACAAACAAAUUUUAUCUCCUUUAGAUUUCCAAAUAUUUUUCUAAAACAGGACUGAAAAAAUAUUUUAUAAAAUAUUUUGUAAAAAAAAACUACUCGUCUUCUAUGGAAAAUAAUAAAAUAAUAUUGCUGUUGUAAAGUC